UGGUUCUCCGAGCACAGGCCCCGACCAGAGUCAGCAGCCGGGAGACGUGCCAACGCCCAGGACCCAGCAGAGAUCUGUUCAAUCAGAAACUCGGUCUCAUGUCCUACAGUGUCCUGAUGCUCAGUAAAGUCUGAGGGCACAGGUCUCGGUGAGAGACGGUGCUGGGCCGGGGCCCCAGCAGAGGGUAUGGUCGGGGAGGGCUCUCGGGCCAUCUGGGAGGCAGAAUGGAGAGGCCUUGGUGAUUGGGUGUGGAGGGUGAGGGCUAUGCUGAGUCCAGGAUGGCUCCUAGGUUUGGCUUGGGUGACUUCAGAUCUCAAAUCAGCAGGCCCUCUGGUGCUGUUGCCCCCACCCUCCUGCCGGGGGUCUCCAUGCUUGUCUUGCAUGCCUCCAGUGAGCACCUGCUCUCCCCCCCCCCCCCUUACUGCCCGGUUUCAGUGCUCCCUUCUUCACAAACAAGCCGCUCCCAGCCCAUCCGUGGUAGUCAGGGUGGUUGCCACAGCAGUUGACAUCAGCCAUCUGGUCCCCGAGGAGCCUGUCACCCUCCCGCCUGCCUGCAGUGCUCCAUUACCGCUUCUUCGAGGAGUGGAGAGGUGGCAUUUGGGGACUCCCGCCCUCAUACACCCCCCAUUUUGAGGACUGGGUGGAGCUGGGAGGGCCCAGUGGCCGAGAGGGGAGAGGAGGAGGGGAGGGAGGAAGGGCGGGCGGGGCCCCUCCUUGGUGGCCUCUUGCCUGGGCAGGGAGGCCCCAGCCCAUUCGGCUCCUGGACCGCAGCAGAGGCAGCAGCAGCACCUGGGCCAUGGCCGAGGACGGGCCGAAGCAGCCGCAGAUCAGCAUGCCGCUGGUCCUGGAUGAGGCCCUGACCAAGCAGAUGCGGCUGCGCGUGGAGAGCCUGAAGCAGCGCGGGGAGAAGCGCCAGGACGGGGAGAAGCUGCUGCGGCCGGCGGAGUUCGUGUACCGCCUGGACUUCCUCCAGCAGCAGAAGCUGCAGUUUGAGCGCUGGGACGUCCUGCUGGACAAGCCGGGCAAGGUCACCAUCACGGGCACCUCCCAGAACUGGACGCCCGACCUCACCAACCUCAUGACGCGCCAGCUGCUGGAACCCGCGGCCAUCUUCUGGCGCAUGGAAGGCUCGGACGCCAUGGAUUGGAACGAGGCCGACGCCCUGGAAUUCGGGGAGCGCCUGUCGGAGCUGGCCAAGAUCCGCAAGGCCAUGUACUUCCUCAUCACCUUCGGCGAGGGCGUGGAGCCCGCCAACCUCAAGGCCUCCGUGGUCUUUAACCAGCUCUGAGGCAGCUGCCCACUGCCGCCCCCUGCUCUCGCCCAUCUGCCCUGCCCCCUGCUCCCGCCCCCAGGUGUGUAUUUGGGGACCUGUUUCUAGUUGCUGUCCUGUGCUCAGCGUGGCCAGGACCCCCAGGCCUGUGUCCUCCCUCCUCUCCUCUCCUGGUGCGGGCGCUCCUGCUCAGGGAGGAAGAUGCGAAGGCUCUGUAGUCUAGAAGCUGAACUGGCUGCCGCUGCUUGUGCUGUAGACCCGGAGGCCAGGCCGGGGCUAGUGCGGGAGGAUGGAGUGAGUGUCCGUGGGCACCUGCCUUCUCUGUGCCUCACUGUCGGGAGAGAGACCGAGGGAGACCGAGGGAGACCGAGGGAGACAGACACAGACACAGACAGGGAUCCGAAGAACCAGCCAUCGGCUUCCUCUGCAGGCGGGGAGACGGAGACGGAGACGGAGACAGCAGAGCGGCUCCUCGGGAAUCCAGCAAACAGGCAUUUGCUGCCCGUCCGGCCACAUCCAGGAAGGUGCUGCCCCUGGCCUGGGCCUGGUGUGAGCGCCUCGGGGGCCCUCGGGACGUUUGGGCAGUGAGGACUGGCUGGCACGCUGGAGGCUAUUCGGACCAACCUUCUUGCUCUUCUGAGAAUGACUGCAGGAGGGAGCGCGAAGGGGAGCAUAAAAGUCAUGCAGAGAUGACCUAUCUAUACAUGUGCAUCUACGCUGAGAGAGAGCACGCUGCCUUCACAUGGAUAUAUUCUAGAGUCUAUGCCUGCCCUGUGGCCACCUGACCUGAGAUGAUCUAUGAUAGGAUUGCCCAGCUGGCUCACGCCUGGCCCGUAGCAGGGGCUUGGUCAGCAUGACCUUAGGGAGCGGGGCUUCCUGAGCUGGGAGGCUCUGAGGUUCAUACUGUGAAGGGGAAAGUGUAGUAUAGGGGUUCCCUCUGCCUGGGGAGCUGGGUGGAGGGGUCCAGAGCCCUGGAGCUGGGACGGUAGGUUCUAGGGCCUUGGAUGUCCCUGUUGGGACGUCAGCUUCCCAGCUCACGGGCCAGAGGAGGUGAGUGUGCCGCCUGUGUGCCAUCUCUGGCAUCUGUGGUGGAGCUGAGGGGUGGGGGCGGCCUGCCAGAGCAGUUGUGAUGGCCGAUGGUGGAAGCAGGCUGCAGGGGGCCGCGCACUGUGAUGGGAGGACACCGGCCUCGGGUCACUGGGCACAGUCCACCCACCGAACAGGGAACACGAGACAUGUUAUCAGCAGACUCAGUGCUCCCCAAGCCUCACGCCCCUGCACAGGCCCAGCGAACCCCCUUUGAAGGAGGGGCCUGGCCCGCCUGGCAUCAACUGAGGGCACCUCAGGAAGUGCCCCCAACACCCUGCCACAGGCCAGCCCCGGCUUUUGUCAGGGACGUGCCCUGUCAGGGACGUGCCUUGACAUUUCCCUCACAAUGCAGAGCCCUCAGGGGGUUGAGGUCCUGGGAACAGAUGCACUGAGAGGUGGCGGUCAGAGCCCUCCCCACUGUCCACGGCUGCUGGCAGGCGGGCCCCCACUUUGGAGGUGUGGGUGGAAGUCUGGAUUCCUCAGGUGGGAGACUGGCUGUGGUGUGGGGUACGGUCCUUUGUAACGCGGCUCUGGCCUGUCCGGGAUGUGCUUAAAGUCCUGGCAUUGCCUGCUUUGCUUCCCCACUGACUAUUGGGGGAGGCCAGGCCCCUGGGGCUGGCCCUGCCCCCUGCCUCUUUGCUUGCCCUCUCCCUGCAGCUCUGGGGACCCUCUUUGGCAGACUAACCACCUGUACCCCCACCCUGCCCUGUGCAUGACCCCAAUAAAGCCAGUGAGC